AUGUUUAGUGGCGGUGUCAAAUAUUCAGCAGAAGAGCCGAAGGAAUCAAUUUUCGCUGAUUCUAUAAUGAAUGAUAUCCCAUUAGACCAUCAGAAAUUAAAGAAAAUUCAAAGAAAGGCGAAGAAAAGGCUGUUGGUGGUGAUGAUCGUUGCAAUUGUAAUUGUUAUUGCAAUAAUUUGUUUCCUCAGAUGGUUCUUCGUCUUUAGAAACAAAGCUGACAAGAAAGAAACAAUGAGUUAUCAUUAA